AUGCCGCGAGCCAUCACUAUCCGCAAGGUAGAUGGUAAACCUGGUCAAGUCUACUAUCCCCUCGACUAUAUCCAGCUCCCCGAACCGCAGCCCAAAGAGAACGAGGUCGUGGUAAAGAUCACAGCCGCAGCGCUUAACCAUCGUGACCUCUUCCUGCGACAGCAUCUCUACCCUGGUACCACUUUCGGUGUACCGUUACUCGCAGAUGGCGCGGGCGUUGUGAUAGCCACUGGCUCGGGCUCCGAAGCGCAGAAGUGGAAGGGCAAGCGGGUGGUCUUAAACCCAGGUACUGGUUGGAAAGAUGAUCCCGAAGGUCCUGAGUCCCCGAAAGGCUACGCCAUUCUUGGUGGCACGAAGAUGAACCCUCUCGGCACGCUUGGUGAGACAGUCACAAUUGAUGCAAGCGAGCUUGAGGAGGCUCCUUCGCAUCUCUCCAGCGUAGAGGCGGCUGCUCUACCUCUAGCUGGCUUGACUGCAUGGCGAGCAACGAUGACGAAGACGGGCAGUGCGAAGCCCGGUCGUAACAUUUUGAUCACUGGCAUUGGCGGUGGCGUAGCGCUGAUGGCAUUGCUCUUCGCUGUUGCUGCAGGUGCAAACGUAUACGUGAGCAGUGGUAGCGAGGAGAAGUUGAGGAAAGCAAAGGAGCUAGGUGCGGUGGGCGGUGUCAACUAUAAGGAGUCUGGCUGGGAGAAGAAGCUCCAAGCGCAACUUCCUAAGGACCGACAAAUGCUUGACGCUAUCAUCGAUGGCGCUGGUGGCGAUGUGGUCGCGAUGGGGGCGAAGUUGCUUCGGCCUGGUGGCGUUAUUGCACAGUAUGGUAUGACUGUCAGCCCCAAGAUGUCUUGGUUGAUGAGUGCUGUGCUCAAGAACAUCGAGCUCCGUGGCUCAACGAUGGGCUCCAGGAAAGAGUUCGCUGACAUGGUUAAGUUCGUGGGCCAGAAGCACUUGAGGCCCGUCGUGUCGCGUGUCGAAGGUGGUCUGGAUAACUUGGACGGAAUCAACAGUCUGUUCGAAGACAUGAAGAGUGGCAGUCAAUUUGGCAAGCUUGUCGUCGAGGUUGCCAAAGAGCGCGAAGUCAGCAAGCUCUAA